CUCAUUUACCUGGCAGGGGGUGAACUGUUUUACAAAUGCUUGACAAUAAAAUAGUAAAGUUAUACCUAAAAAGAGAAUUGUUAACAGAAUGACUGCGACAGAUGAAACAUAUUUGUGGAGAGAGAAGAUUGAGGAGAAGCUCAAACGGGAUCAAGAUCUGCUGACAUUCGUUAGCGACAGCCUCAAAAGAAGUGAUCAGCUGACUAAAGGCAUGGUGUCCAUUCUCUCGUCGUUGGAGGGCCGUUUGGAGCACCUGGAGAACUCGGUCAUUCCCAUGCACGACAGCACACAGAACCUACUGCAGCUGAAGGGGACAACGCAGAAGACAUUAUUCUACCUGGACGAUGCCAUCAGCCAUUACCAAGCCGUCCGAGACACAGACAAGGUCAUCAUACAGGGGCCUACAGGAAGACUUUCUGACUAUCUAGCCUGUGUUCACCGACUCAAGAAAGCAGAGGAGUACUUUCAACAGGAAGACCCGGACGGGCCUGAACUGAAUAUGCUGAGAGGUCGUUUAGAGAGUGCCAAGUCACAGCUGGAGUCCGAGUUCCAAGUCCUGUUGGGGCGCUACAGCAAGCCAGUGCAGACAGUCAGAAUCCUGGAUGUCCUGGACAAAAAGUCACUGAAUGGGUCUGCAGGCGGAGUGGAGGAGGUACAACUCAUACCCCAAACUAGGCUUCAGGACAUCAUCUCCAUCUCCACCUGGCUGAUAGGUAAGGUAGUGGUGCUGCCCAUCUCCACCUGGCUGAUACUGCAGAGUGCAGCAAAUGUUAAUGAUGUCAGUGUUAAUCCAGAUGAGGAUGCUAAUGAUGUCAGUGUUAAUCCAGAUGAGGAUGCUAAUGAUGUCAGUAUUAAUCCAGGUGAGGAUGCUAAUGAUGUCAGUGUUAAUCCAGGUGAGGAUGCAGCUCUGACAGCUAAGAGGAGAGUCUCUGCCAGCAAAUUCAAAACACGGUCACUGGAAAGAAACCCAUCCCACCACUCUCUGGGAAAACUGGAGCCCAGCAGCUUUUUCACCAAUAAGUCCUACUGCUCCAAACUUAAAACACAGUCUCUAGGCAGAAAGCCAUCAAUAGAAAACAAGCCAUCAAUGGACUCUCUUGGAAAACUGAAAGCAAACAGCCUGUUCACCAAGAUGAUCGGCCUGAAGUCAUUUGGUAAAUUCAAAACGCUGUCCCUGGACAGAAAGCCAUCACUAGACAAGAAUCCAUCACUAGACUCCCUUGGAAAACUGGAAUCCAGUAGCUCUUUCACCAAGGUAUCCACCUCAAAGCCGUGCAGCAGACUGAAUAUUCCCGAUAUUAGACAACCAUCUUUGGAGUCCAUCCCAUUUCUGCCUAGAGACUCCACCUCCCAUACCUUCCCAUCUUGCAAACCCAAGCCCCCAGCUUCCACCUCCUACAUCCUGCCAUACUUCAGACCCAAGCCCAGCUCAGCCUUUGACCUCAAGGCCCACUAUGCCAUGGUGCGCUCCAAUCAGUUGGACUGCUCCAUGAAGGGUUUGAAGGACCACAAGAGUAGGAACCUCCUCUACCCGGUGUUGCAGAGCAGGCGUGUGGAUUCUGCCGUCAAGAAGAACAAAAAAACAGGGCGGGACAGCAUAUUACACAUUGAGAUUGAGACCUACAUGGCCUGCAUCACAGCCUUCUUGUCCCUGGCCAAGAGUGAAUACACCAUGGUGUCCAAAGUCUUCCCUCUGAACUGCUCCAAUACCUUUGAAACUCUCAUCCAGGUGGCUCUGAUCCAGAAUGGGGAGAACAUCGUGUCCUCUGUCAGACGAGCCUGUUCACGUCACGACUACACAGCCCUUGUCGCCAUGUUACCUGUCCUGGGCCGUCUCCUGGAGGAGGACAAAGAGUUUAACACGUUACUAAAGUGCACAACAAGCGGCACCUUGGCCAAGUUUUCCAAACUCGUUACAUCUAUGAAGACCCUGGCAGCCAGAGCACUGACGGACUUUUCUGCUCACGUCAAGAACAACCCUGAUAGGGAGAGUAUGUCCAAGGAUGGAACGGUGCAUGAAUUCAACAGCAAUACAAUUCUAUUCCUGCAGCAGUUGCUGUCCUUUGCAGAUGCUGUUCGGUCCAUCCUUUAUCCUCAUGAUGUAGACAGUGACACAGUAACUAUGGAGGUGUCCAGUAGUGUUCAGGUGGACGUUCAACAUGACACUGAUGCAGAUGAAUCAGAAGAACAGCCAUCAGACAGUCAGGAGUCCAAGGGGAAUGACAAUCAGAGAGCACUGAGUCCUUAUGUCUGUAAAGUGCUGGAGCAUCUCCAGUACAACCUACAGAGUAAGGCCAAGGUGUACGAGGACCACGCUCUCGGGGCCAUCUUCCUCCUCAACAACUACAACUACAUCCUCAAGUCAAUGAAGAAGUCAUCUCUGUUUGAAGUGGUUAAAACCAGCGGCAGGGAUCCGGAGGUUGAGUACGGGGAACUGAUUGAGCAACAGAAGCAGGUGUACCAGCACAGUUGGUUGAAGGUGACCGAGUGCCUGACUGAAAAGAAUCUGCCCACCUUUAAGCCAGGUGACAAGUUGAAAGAAAAAGACUGUCAGGUGAUUAAAGACAAGUUCAAGAGCUUCAACGAGGGCCUGGAGGAACUGUAUAAGGCUCAGAAAGCGUGGGCCAUCCCAGACAGAGAGCAGCGCCAGGCCAUCUGUCAGGCCCAGAGAGAGAUGGUGUCCAAGGCCUACACAGCCUUUCUGCUGAGAUGUGACCAUGAUUUCUCCAAACACCCUGAGAGAUACCACAAAUACAGCCCAGCGCAGGUGGAGGAGAUGAUUGAGAGACUAUUUGAUAUCUCAGCCUGAGGUUGAGAACCUGCUUAGUUAGGAGAUAAUAUAAGGCCUUCACACUGCCUCUAUAGCAAAUAACACACUAUUAAUUUGUUUCCACACUACUAAUACUACAGCUUCAGUCUCCAUUACAUGUAUUCAUUAGAGUUCUAGGCCUCUAUUCUGGGGGAUUAUAGCACUACAGUCCCCAUUACAUGUAUUCAUUAGAGUUCUAGGCCUCUAUUCUGGGGGAUUAUAGCACUACAGUCCCCAUUACAUGUAUUCAUUAGAGUUCUAGGCCUCUAUUCUGGGGGAUUAUAGCACUACAGUCCCCAUUACAUGUAUUCAGAGUUCUAGGCCUCUAUUCUGGGGGAUUAUAGCACUUCAGUCCCCAUUACAUGUAUUCAUUAGCGUUCUAGGCCUCUAUUCUGGGGGAUUAUAUCACUACAGUCCCCAUUACAUGUAUUCAUUAGAGUUCUAGGCCUCUAUUCUGGGGGAUUAUAUUACUACAGUCCCCAUUACAUGUAUGCAUUAGAGUUCUAGGCCUCUAUUCUGGGGGAUUAUAGCACUACAGUCCCCAUUACAUGUAUUCAUUAGAGCCCUAAUUGCUAAAUGUAUUAUUACACAUAUGACUGGCUAGUUCUAAACAUGUUUAAAUAAAUAUUGUUAAAGCCCUA